GUGGGUGUCUGGUAGGCUUAUUUUCUUCACAACGCAACCACCAAAGGCCUUUCAAUCUCUUCAGAAUUGAGCUGAAUCAGCUAGGAAGGUGUGGAGGUUGUAGAGGUUUCUCAGACAAAUUUGUCAUUCCCAGUUCAAGACAAAAAUGAAAUUUACUUCAUGCUCAUCAUCUUCUGAGCUCAUGUUUCCCUCUUUUGAGGGUUUACAAUGUACAAACCUGAAUGCAGUCAUAUCCAAACAUAUACUAAAGGUCAAGAAAAAUAAUGUUAAAGUAUCUAAUUGUCAUGCCAAAAGGCUGUUCAUUUCUAGCCAUUUAAUGCCUGGACACUUAGAAGGUUUGCAUACAGGAAAGAAACAGCUAGAAGAUGCAGGUCAGAAAUUGGAAUUUGUGAGGACAUUGUUGAUUGACAACUAUGAUAGUUAUACAUACAAUAUUUACCAAGAGUUAUCCAUCAUUAAUGGAUUGCCUCCAGUUGUGGUCCACAAUGAUGAUUUGGGAUGGAAAGAAGUUUGCCAUUAUUUAUACGAAGAAAAUGCCUUUGAUAAUAUUGUUAUAUCUCCUGGACCUGGUUCUCCAGCAUGCUCGGCAGAUAUAGGAAUAUGCCUUCAGCUACUGCUUGAGUGCAGGGAUAUCCCUAUUUUGGGUGUUUGUCUUGGACACCAGGUACUUCACGCUUUGGGAUAUGUGCAUGGCGCUCGAGUUGUCCAUGCAUCUGAACCAAUUCAUGGACGCUUGAGUGAGAUUGAGCAUAAUGGGUGCAGGCUGUUUCACAACAUUCCUUCUGGCAAGAAUUCUGGAUUCAAGGUGGUUCGGUAUCAUUCCCUUGUUGUAGAUGCUAAAUCACUUCCAAAUGAACUUAUUCCUAUUGCAUGGACAUCUUCUAGCGACUUACUUUCUUAUCUUGAGACCCAGAAGUCUGAUAUUGUUCUUGAGGCUUAUGAGAGUCAGAAAGGGCAAAAAUCCUCCUUCGAUUCUUUCUCAUCAAAAUUAAAGAAUGGAACUUCUUGGCCGUCCAGGCAUACUGAACGCAUGGGAAACAGUAGAGUCCUCAUGGGUAUCAUGCACUCUACCAGGCCUCAUUAUGGUUUGCAGUUUCAUCCUGAGAGCAUUGGGACCAGUUUUGGAAGGCAAAUAUUCAAGAACUUCAGAGAGAUGACCCAGGAUUAUUGGCUGAGGUCAAGAUCAUCAGUGGUUAGUGAGAGAAAGGCACGUCAUGCAGGUCUACCAUUCAGAGGGAUUCCCAAACGUAAGCAAUUAGUAAAUGAUGUAGAUGCCAGAAAGUCUUUUGGCAUGUUGAAUUUGCUAAAUCUUUCAGUUCCAAGCAGUGGUUUUACAUUUCUGAAAUUGAAAUGGAGGAAAUUCAAUCACUUGGCUAGUGAAGUUGGUGGAGCGAGAAAUAUAUUUUGCAAACUCUUUGGAGAUCACAAGGCUGAAAACACCUUUUGGCUGGACAGUUCCUCCACAGAAAAGAGGGCACGCUUUUCAUUCAUGGGAGGUAAAGGUGGAUCUCUCUGGAAGCAGGUUACGUUUAAGUUGUCACAUGAAAGAAGGGGAGGUAACCUGUUGAUUGAAGAUGGUCAAGGCCGUAUCAGAAGCAUAUUUUUGGAAGAUGGUUUCUUAGAUUUUUUGAACAAGGAGCUCUUAUCAUUACGUUACGAGGAAAAGGACUAUGAAGGACUACCAUUCAACUUUCAUGGUGGAUAUGUUGGGUACAUUGGGUACAACCUUAAAGUGGAAUGUGGCAUGGCAUCGAACCAUCACAAAUCAAGCACACCAGAUGCUUGCUUCUUCUUUGCAGAUAAUGUUAUAGUCAUUGAUCAUCAUUAUGAUGAUGUAUAUAUUAUGUCCUUACAUGAAGGACAGACUGCUACAACACAGUGGUUGGAUGAUACAGAGCAAAAACUUCUAGGUUUAAAAGCUUCUGCUGCAAAAAAAUUCAAGGUGGAGAGUCCACAGCCUGUGACGCAUUCCCCAUCUAAAGCAGGUUUUUUUGCUGAGAAAUCUAGAGAACAGUAUAUGAAAGAUGUUGAGAAGUGUCUUAAGUUAAUUAAAGAUGGAGAAAGUUAUGAAUUGUGUCUUACAACUCAAAUGAGAAAGAGAAUUGGGCAAAUAGAUUACUUGGGACUUUAUCUUAACCUUAGAGAAAAAAAUCCAGCACCAUAUGCAGCCUGGCUUAAUUUUUCGAAGGAAAACCUGUGCAUCUGCUGUUCUUCACCAGAGAGGUUUCUACAGCUGGAUGGAAAUGGUAUUUUAGAAGCAAAGCCCAUCAAGGGUACUAUUGCUCGUGGUUUGACGAAAGAGGAAGAUGAACACCUCAAAUUGCAACUACAAUACAGUGAAAAAGAUCAGGCUGAAAAUCUGAUGAUUGUUGAUCUUCUAAGAAAUGACCUUGGUCGUGUCUGUGAACCUGGAUCUAUUCAUGUUCCUUGUCUUAUGGAUGUGGAAUCAUAUGCAACUGUUCAUACCAUGGUGAGUACCAUUCGAGGAAAAAAGCAAUCCAAGAUGAGCCCAGUCGAUUGUGUCAGAGCAGCCUUCCCGGGUGGAUCAAUGACAGGUGCCCCGAAGUUAAGAUCAAUGGAACUUCUUGAUUCUAUUGAAACUAGUUCUAGAGGUAUCUACUCUGGCUCCAUUGGGUUUUUCUCAUACAACCAGACAUUUGAUCUCAACAUUGUGAUAAGAACGAUUGUCAUACAUGAGGGUGAAGCUUCGGUAGGUGGAGGAGGGGCUAUUGUUGCUUUGUCGAAUCCUGAGAGUGAGUAUGAAGAAAUGAUUCUUAAAACACGUGCCCCAGUAAAUACUGUUCUUGAAUUUCAAAAGGAAUCAAUAUCAAAUCGAGUAAAAUAGUCGAGUUAGUGGGGCAAAUGCUGUUGUAGAAUUUCAAAAGGAAUCAGUGUCAAAUUAGUGAAGUAGCAAAGUUAGACAUUCUUUAUUCAUAGCCUUCUGCAUUGUAUUUUUUACUAUUUUCCUUCUCAUGAUUUGAUUAUAGAACACAAAGAAUUCAAAAGGGCACAGAAAACCAUACCAGUGUAGGUUGUAGUGUAACAUCUGAUUCAUGUGCUAUUAUUUUGUCACACAAUAAGGAACAUUGUAUUUUUUACUCAAAUUUUGAGAUUGUAGCAGAAAGAAUCAAGUGGGUCAACUGAGAACUGCAGUAUUAUUUCAUAGCUUUCUUUCUUUUA